AAAGCUCACUCCGACAAUAUGUGAUGAUAUAAAGUUACUAGCAGAAUGUGGUGUAAAAGUUGGUGUAAUAAUUGAUAUUUUGCAACGUAAAAAUCCAGAACAAUAUAUUCACUCCCGCAAUAUUUAUAAUUAUAUACAAUUUAUUCGUCACCAAAAUUUUGUUAAUAGUGAUGCUGCCUUUGUGUAUCUUGAACUAAUAGAAAAAAAGCAAGAAAAUCCGACUUUUUACAUUGAUGCCAGAUUUGAAGAUCAGUCCCUUCUCUCUGACGAAGCUAAGGACAGUUUUACAUGGCUAUUUAAUAGCUUUUUUAAUGCAACAGGUGGAUUAGCACUAAGCUUGCUUUAUACUGAUACUGAUCCUGCUAUGAUUGCUGCAGCUACACUGUUAAAUGAGUAUGACGAUGCUACAAAUUAUAUGCAAUAUUAUCUUUACCAGUGUUGGGAAACUUGGGCUCUUUGUUUCACACACUGUGCGUUUAAUGCAGGAAUACAAAGCAUGCAGCGUGUUGAAUCGUAUAAUAGAAUUAUUAAGGAAAAUAUUAAUAGGAAUUCAUCGCUAUUAGAGCUUGAAGAUGCAAUUGAAAGAUUAAUUGUAAAAGAAAGUCAGUUUGUUAAAUUUAAUGAAGCUGUUGGUGAGCUGCCUGCAAGCUGGGAUGAAGAUUAUCAUGACCAUUAUUUCAAAAAAUAUCACUUGACUAGCUUAGAUUGUGAACUUAGGCAAUGG